CAUCUUACAUAGCAUCCGAUUUUAGCAUCCUUUUUACAUUUAGCAUCUUCUUAACCUUGAAAUUUUGAUGCAGUUUUUUACCAAAUUCUGGAAAAAAGGGAGGAAAAACAAAAAUUUUGUCUGGCAUCAAAAUUUAGCAUAAUUUUUUCGUGAUUUAGCAUCCAAACGGCAUAAUUUUUGAGUGGUUCUAGCAUCAAGUCUGGAAAAAAGUUGGCAACGCUGCUUGAAUUAUUCACGUAUUAAUAAUGUAACUAGCUUGGUCCAUUUUAGCUAUAUAGUCAAAGGCUUUCAUUCACCAAUUCACCAUGUCUUCAAUUAUCAAUGAUGAGAGGGAAUGGAUCCAAAACGCUAUAAAAAAAUACGCAGAAUGGGAAUCACUGUAUCUAUGGAAAGCGUUUGAAGCACACCAGUAUGAGUUGCUGAAAUCUUACGUUUGUCUUUCACUGUACGGUUUACUGUACGGAAGUCCAUCUCAAGAAGAACAGAAUAUAAGUGAUAUUUGGCGCAAAUUUCCCGACAAACAACAAAAAAAUAUCGACGAGUUGAGCAGAAAAUUCAAUUACGAGAAUGGUCGAGUUGUCGUAGCUCAUACAUAUUUGUAUCUUGAUGAUGAUAAAAUAGCUUGCGUUUUUAGACAGUUGAAAUCCAACGAUGACGUUAUUUUCAUCGACGAUAUCGGACGUGUUUACAAAUCGUGGACCCAUUUCCUUAAUACGAAUCGAUUACCGAAUUGCCAUUACGUAGCACCGGACGACGGAAUGCAUAAAAUCAAACAAACAUUACUCGAGUAUAAAUCUCCGGCCGCUGGUAUAGGUCAUGUAGUACUUAAAGGAGCAGAUAUUGCAGCGACAGGUACUUCGAUUGUGGGAGGUGUGCUAUUGAUAUUGGGUACAGCUCCUAUUUUAGCCUUUAUUAUAGCCGUCGCUAGUACGGUGUACGCCAUCGGAAGGAAUAUCGGUGUCUUGGUUGAUCGUGGCGUACAUGAAGAAUCGAUCGGUUUCAAUAAUGCUCAGUCGGCCUCGGCUUGGUUGACUGUGAUAACUGGAGCUUCAUCUUUGGUUUUAUCCCAGUCCGCUUUGAUCGUCGAGAACGCUGGUAAUUUCGCUAACGUAGCCAGAAUAGGUUUACAAGGAUUUAAUUACGCAGCUUUGGCGUCAAAUUUGUGUAAUUUUGGAACCUACGCGUAUUUUCUGCAGCUCAAAAUCGAAAAUGGCGAGGAACUGACUGCGUUCGAUUUGAUGCAAGGGUGCGUCAGUAUAUUCUUGAUAUUCGGAGCUGUUUCCAACACUAAACAAAUGCAUAAUUAUAUCAAUAGCUUGGAGACGGCACCCACAACACUUACAGGACGUUUGACUCGAUCUGUUAAACAAAGUUUAAAAGAAUUACAAAUUCAAUUGCAUGAUAAUGAAGGCAACGCUGGUGUAAAAGAAGUAACCGUUUGGGAAGAGAACAUACCCAGUUGGGGUUUGAAUUUUGUGUUGAAUGCUCGUCAACAAUUCUUAGCGAAGCAUACAAACAUCCAACAUAUAUAUUACAAGUGCUUGGAAAUUUUGAGUACUUGUUGCGAUUUUCGGUACCAGAAAAUUGACGUCAUUGUUUUCUUCUCCAAUAUGACUAACCAUAUUCAGAAUCUGCUUAUUUUAGUCUCCAAUGGCUUGGUUUCGAUUAAAGAACGAUUACAGCCAUUUUUGAAACAAUAUUUUUCGUGGGCGAUCCCUGAUUCACUGAUCGAACAAAUCGGUCAUAUGAUUGGAAACACAACGACCGCUGUCAAGAACGUGGAUGAAACGUUGAUCGAAGACAACGAAGAACAACCAUUUGCCGAAAAUGAAUCAAAAUUGUGCUACGAAAUUAUUUUCGAAACGGCCAAAAAUCGUAUACCUGAAACGACCAAAUCCAAUGACAUCAUCAGUGUGUUUGGUUAUCAACUGCUAUCUCUUGUUUGUGAAAUAAUGAUCGAAGCCCACGAUAACUACGAAGAAUGGGUAUCGAAAAAUGAAGAAAAAAUGGACAAAACUGACGCCAGCAAACGAUUCUCCAAAUUAGGCAUAAAAACGCCGAGUGAUUUUGCCAACUUAAACUUCGUUCAUAUCAUGAAAAAUAAAAAUACCACAUCGGUAAAUCGAAACGUGGAAAAUGAAUUAACGCUCCAGAAAGUAUCUACUCUGUAUGAAAAACUACUCUUCAAAGUGGCACCGAGGAGUACUCUCGUCGAACUUGGUGUUUUGGAAACGUGCCAAUUCCUGAAAAGAUCCAUUAUCGAAUUUUUCCCGCCACUUGGUGAAAGAUUCAAAUCUGCUAAAGACAUGUAUGAACUCGGCGCACCGUUAGGGCACCACAUUGCAAUGAAUUCGGUAUUCUACGUACUGAAUGUGAGAUCGAAUAAUAGAUCUUACGUGAUGAAUGACUCAACCUUUUUCGAACUAGCUGCGGACGGUUUACCUUUGGAUAAAAUAUCUCGAGAACUUUCAGCAGAACUAAGUGACUGUAAACAAAUAUCUAAAACUAGUAACCAGCUUUCCGAUGAAAAUAUUCGCUGCUCUGUGUUAUUUUUAUGCGAUAAAUUCUACCGGAAAGUUGAUUCCAUGCUUCGUGUGACCGGUCAAGCCGAACGUGAAGAAAGAGUUAAAGAUUGUUACCACUAUCUGAUGGGAAAAUUCACCGCUUCGAUUCAAAAUAUGGAAAAAGAACGCAAAAACGAGCUCUCUGAUUGUUUCGAGUUUCAAAACGACGUUUAUUUUGAUCGAAGAAAGUUCGCCAGCGUUUUCAGAAAAGCAUGCGAAGCGCAAAAACACGAAAUGUUCGCUUCUGCGGUGGAGUAUUUUACUCAAGAGGAAAACCUGCAACGCUUAGCUCAGCAAUAUAUCACCGAGCGUAGAAAUUUUGAUAAUUUUUUCGUCGAGGUGUUUACCGAAAUUGAUAAAGAAGAUGGAGUGCAAAUGUUUUCCAUUGAUGAAGGCAGCUUUUCAAGUUUACGAGCUUACAUGCAACGAGCUGCUUCCCUAUUUGACUUGGAUGAGAAUCGAAUGGAGCUCGUCAAAUGGGAGAAUGGAGUAGUGAUUUUAGAAUGUGGUGAUAAAAUUGUCGUAUUUCAGAAUGUUUAUACGAAAUCGAUGAUUGUAAUGGAGUUCGAUACAUCUAAUCAACUUAAUUCGAAUUAUUUCCAGUGAAAUGUACGUAUCUAAUACUGUUUCCUCAAUUUAGUAGAGAUUGACUAUAAGCAUUAUAGAGCUUUAUUUUGAUGUGAUUUUUUUCACCUUCACACUUUCUAAAGUGAUUGAUAUUUUUAGCACAAUCAAUCAAUCAUUUUGUUCAUUGAACCGGUUUCAUUUUUAAUUAUUAAUAUCGAUUUUUUUUUUGUUAUUUUUUUAUUAUUAUUAAGGUACCUAUGCCUAUUUCUACUUUUUAUAAAAUGAUACUAAUAUCGACUUAUUUAUGUAUAUUUUUAAUGUUGUCUUACGAAUCGCGGUGUUUAUUUAUAGAUAGCCAAGCUAUACUAUAUACAAUGAAUGUUGCCCAAAGUGUAUUAUGAAAGUGUAAAAUUUUGCAAAAUGCAUUGUCCAAAGGUACGAAUUGUGUUUAAAAAUGGUUUGCAUUGUGUUCCAAGUUGCAACUUUUAUUACGUUUAGAUUUAGAUAUCACUACUUUGAACUUUCGAUAUCACCUAUACCUACUCAUAUUUUUUUUUAUCGAAUAUCAUUACUUAGGUAUUCACGAUUGUUUUUUAGUUUUUAAAAUGAAAAUCUUUCUUUCUUAGUAAGUACAUUUUUUUUGCGUGUGUUUGAAAAUAAAAAUAUUGAAAAUUUCUUUCCAAUUUGAAGGCGACAACAAUUUUUAAAAACCGCGAGCUCUGAAACCCCAUAACCAAAAUUUCAGCUACUCGAGUGAUUUUUCGAUUUUAGGUGAAUUUUUAAGAAUUUAAAAUUGGCCAUUUUAAGGGACUUACCUAUAUGCUCUUUUAAAAACUCGAAUAAGUAUUAAUUAUUUAUUUAAAAUUAUGAGUAUUUAACUAAUAUCAACUCUCCUGAUCGAAUUUCAUCAUUUCUAGUCAUUCUGGAACCUCCAGCGUAAAAAUUUAGUUGUGACUUAAUCUUGACCUAUUUUAUUCAACGAGUUUAUUCACAUUUGAGCUGAUUUCCAAGAAGGACCCUCCAGUGCAUUUUUUGAUCAAAAUACUUGAGAAAGAAAUUCAAUUUUUGUUCAUAAAAAAUUAUUAUCAUUUUUUCACAGACGGCCAAAUCUUGUCUAAAAUUAAUUUCAAACCCCCCCCCCCUCAUUCUUUAAAUUCGAACUAUCCUGAAGUCUCUAGCGUGAUUUUCAAUCUCUUCAGGAAAUGCGGAAAUUAAUGUGACCCACUAAAAAUCGAGUUGUGGCAUAUUCUUGAACUGUUUGGAAGAUUUAUCCACAUUUGAGACAUCUCGAAAUGUAUCUUACUCUUACAUACCUAUCUAAAACCACCCUUCCCCCCUCGAAAUCAGAAUUUCGCAAUUUAGAGCCGUUCUGCAGCCUCCAGACUCCAGAGUGAUUUUGGAUAGCGACGGGCAAACAAUGAUCAAUUUGACCUUUAUUUUAUUUUUUUCAAUUUUCAUUUUCAAAAAAUGCCAAUUUUUAAAACAUUUUCUAUCUCAAAAAUUUAAAUUCCACAAAUUUUUGAGAUAAUAUAAUUAUUUUUUUUUUAUAUAACUUUAGAUCUUCAAACCAAUAUUGUACCCCCUAUCUUCAUUGACCCCUAAAAUGAUGUUGGCUCUUAUAUGGAGCCCCUAAAAAUUUUGGAAAAAUAAAAAUAUAUACAUAAAAAACUGUCAUCUAUAGAAAUUUUUUGAAAAUUUUUCAUUUUUUGGUCCUUUAAACGAUGUUGCUUUCCUUGUACAAUUGCAAAACCCGUUAAGUUGAAAAAUGAAUAAUAUCAUUAAAAAAAUGAAAAAUUUGGUUUCUUCUUUCUAGAGUCUAAGGGUACAAAAUAUUUGAAAAUAUUUCCCUUUCUCUCUGAUUCUUUUUUCAAGAAAAAUGUUUCCUCAGUCCCCCAACAAUGUUGGCCACCUACAUUUUGUAGAGAUCCUCUAAGUCCUAAGUCCUAGGUUGGAAAAAAAGUGAUAGUAAAGUCUCAUGUGCGAGGAAAGUUUCAAGUAGGUAGGUAAUGGAUAUUUUUUUGCUUCAAAGCUCAAAAUAAAAUCUCAUUGAUAGGGAUUCAAAACGAUUUUUUCAAGUUCUUGAGAUUCAGAUAAAAUAUUGUAAAAUUGUAAAACAUUGUGUUUCUUAUUGGUGAAUUUUCCCCAAGUUUUGGAACUCCCAUCUUUAAUUAUACCCCUAACAACCAAACGAUAUCGUUCCAUGUCUUAUGCAGAACGAUGUCAUGUCGCUCCUAUAUCUAUACAAUGGCAAAAUGUCCGCCUAUAUCGCUAAAUCGCUGUAAAUCUAUCUAUAUCUGAACUAUAUUCAGAGACAUUCAGAAAUCUGAUGAGCGAUUUCUACCAGACAUAGUACUGCUUUUCUGUAUAGCACAUAGAUAUCUGAGGGAUGUAGUUUUGAUAUCCAGGGUAUAUCAUUUGAUAUAUCGCAGGAUAUCUAGCCUAUGUCUGUAGAUUUCGUCAGAUUUCUAAUCGAUGUGCAUGAACUAUAUCGUAUGUAUAUCUUUCUUGUGAAUUUUUGUAUAGAAUUUUCAAAACCACGUUGGUAAUGGAAUGUAAGUCUCAAAGAGAAUACAGUGAGUUACAAAGAGUAAUGUUGGAUUUAAAAAACAAAAAAUCAAAAGUUUUUUACACCAGCGAUAUAACAAUUAUUCACUUUAGUAGUUUUUUUUUAAAACAAAAUUAUUCUCUAUAACUCACUGUAUUAGCUACAAGACUUACAUUCUACACCAAUACAAUUUCAAAAAUUCUACACAAGAAAUUGACAAAAAAAAAAGUACAUACAUACAUAUAAAUUAUUUCAAGAAAAUCAUAUCAUUUUUGAAAUCAACAACCUCUCUCAAGCUUCUCACACUCGCUUCACAUUACUAUAGCCAAAAGGUUCCAUAAAUCCAGCUCACUAAAAACCUUAAAAACAAAAGUCCACUAGCCAGGGAACUUCACUCAUGGGCACCUCCAGCCCAGGGAGGAGGUGCUGGUGAUGAAUUUAUUUAUUUCUUGUUAUUUUUUGUGCCAAAGUGAGGUAAUAAGAAAGAAUUAGUUAAAGUAAAAUAUAACUCAAUGAAAUCAAAAUUAUAGUCUAAUUGGAGUUUGCAUUACUAACUUCAUUUACAAUAUUGAAAAGUUCCAUAAGAUGCCUUGAGAGCUUGUCUAAGUGUAGAACCAUUGGUAUAUUUUCAUUUUGUUCCAAAAUUCACAAUUUCACAUUUUUAGAUACACAAUCAAACACAAACACACAUACACAGAUUUAGAAAAUGCAUUAAAAAAAUUCCAACAUCUUUAAAAAACAAAAAACGGACACACUCAUGAAACAUCCGGAAGAACAGUUUGAGAAUAAAAAGCCAUCAUUGUCACUUUUCAGCCAUCUUUGAUAAAAAUUUAUCUCUACACAUUGCACAAGUUACAGAAAAUCAAAACAAAAUUAUAGAGGAAAUCGUUCUAUAUCUUGAGAAAUCUAUAGGAUGACCCUACUUUUGCCUAGAAUCAUCACAAUAUAGUAACAAUAACCUGGAGAUAUUGCAAAACCUAUAUCCUUUUCUAGAUAUCCAAACGAUAUCUACAAAAAUUAUGAUAGGGAAAAAGGUGUUGAGGAUAUAGAUAGAUAUACCUGCGACAUAAUCGAUAUAGCCAGACAUACAUACGAUGUCAUUGUACAAAACUGAAUCCCGUAAAUCGUUUAUAAAUCGUGAAAUGCUAUUGAGAUAUCUAAGUGACAUAAAAACGCUAAGUUUGGUUUGUUAGGGACCCACCUACUUAAUUUCUGAUUCGAAACAAAAAUUAAAAGAUUUCAAAUUUACAGUAGCUACCUACCCUGAAAAAAAAUUAAAAAAUGAAAUGGCCCCAGAUGAAAAAUGUUGAUCAAAAAUCUAGGGUCACGCUCGUGACCCCCCCCCCCCCAAACAUUGAACCCUCCUCCGUUGUUUUUUCAAUUCUCAGGUAAUAAUAAUAUCAUGUUGAGAAAAAUAUUUAAAAAUCGUCUACCUACUUGCUAAUGUUAGGUAUUCUACUACAUACAAGUAUUUUGAAAAUUCAAAUUGAAAGCAAAUCAAAAUUUGAAAACAAAACUAUCUACAUUUGCCAAACCUGUCAAGUUUUGAAAUUUAAACAACAAACUUGCCCAAUUUUGAAUUUGAAACCAACCUAAUAAUGCAAAUAAAUUUCCUCAUCUACCAAUACCAAAUCAAACCCUAACAGUUUUAAAAUUCGAGUCAAUUCGUAUUUGAAUUUCCAUUUGACAAGCCUUCACUAAUUUUUUAUUUUUACUUUACACCAAUCAAAUCUCCUUAAUACUUUUUACUUUUUCCAAUCAUGAUCCAAUUUUGAAAAUUUGAAAUCCAAUAACUAAAGUAAAUUGUUGCAUCUUGAUCUUCUAACACUGUCAAAAAAUUUAUCUAUAUGGAAAUUUCUGCAGUCAGGUAAGGUACCUAUCCAAUUAAAUCUAAACAAAUUUUGAACUUAAAUAAACCAAACCUAAUCUCAAUUAAUGCAUUUGCCAGGGAUCGCGGAGGGAGGGGGUCAGUGCCUCCGCCUCCAGCUCCGGCUCUUGAAUUUGUAAAAAAUUUACCUCCAGCUCCGGCUCCAGCUCCAAGGAUUUUUUGUAAGUGCCUCCGGCUCCGGCUCCACCCUCCAUAUUUUUUCAAUCCCUCCGGGAGGCCCUCCGGAGGCCUUCCAGGAGGUAGCUGUUUGAGGGGGGUCUCCUUACAAAAAAAAUUAAUUUUUCAAACCUUGAUAAGUGCCAAAAUGGGCCCUCUUUACAAUAAAAAUGAGUUUUGUAAACUUGAAUGAGUAUCAAAAUAAUUAUGUCAUAAAUGUCACACUUUAUCAUUAAAAAAUGUUGAAAUUUAUAGAAUUUAUCAGUAAAUAAAUACAAAAAAAUUACUGAAUUCAAUCGGAGCUCGGAGGGUACCUUUCAAGUACCUCCGGCUCCACCUCCAGCUCCGUGUCAAAAAUUUCAAGUACCUCCGGCUCCACCUCCUGCUCCGUCUCAAAAAUUUCAAGUACCUCUUGCUCCGGCUCCGGCUCCCGGAGCAAGGCAAAAAAAGGGUACCCUCCGGGGGCCUCCGGGCCUCCACCUCCGCUCCGCUCCGCGAUCCCUGGCAUUUGCUAAACCAACACUCAGUAUUUCAAAAUUUAAUUCAAAUCACCUAAAAAUACCUAGUAAAUACCAAAUUUUUUUUUCUAAAUUCUAUAUACCUAUCUUUCAUCUCUUUUAAAAAUUGAUUAAAAUAUUGUGCGGUGAUAUUGUGACAUAGUGCAUCUUGCCUUCACCCUGUGAGGUGAUGCAGAUUUUAUGAACCUCCUGUACUGAAAGUAUUCGGCAAAGUGUACUUUAUAGCCGUUUACUACGUUAGGUCGUAAACCCUUCGCUUCAAUUAAACAUGGCGGCUUUUGGCGGUGAAUAUUAAAGGAAUAUUUCGCGCCAAAAGACAAUUUAUACUAUAAAUAGAGGUAUUUUGGCGCUAAAUCUUCACUUGAUGUUGAACCUGCAGUAAACGACGUCUUGUCAUGUGAAUAUAGUGUAGACUUCGCGCUUAGCUCGCGGACUUCCAUUUAUUAUAAAAAUCCUUCUACGGAAGUAUAAAGUAAUUUGUUUUUAAUAAUAAUGCAAUCCGAUGAUUGCUUAUUAGUUAUCAUAAUUGCCUUGGAGGAUGUUACCGGUCAUCUCUCACUUGUGCAACGUUUUUAUAAGUUUACUUCUUUUAGUUGAGGAUUCCAUGUUGCCCUUAGUAUUAGUAGGGCCCCUGAUAGAAUGGAGAAUGUGAACAGUGUUAUUUGGAUGCUGAAAUGCAUUCAUCCUCGAAAUCAAUUAGUUUCAUCGAUUGAUUGGUGAGUUGGGAUGGGUACCUAUCGAGAGGAAUAGUUACCUAUCUUGUUUAUUUAAUGGUUUAAUUACAUAACUUAAUUAUGUAUUUAAUUGAGUAUAAUUUUGUAUACUCGUGAUGAUUUCGAAUAGGUAAAUGUCACGAGUCUUGCAUUGGUACUUGAUAAUUACUGGUCUGUAGUGUAAUUAUUCUGCCUUGUUACGGAGCUUAGGCAACUUCAUUGAUUGAGAGGUUGAUUAUGUGCCUAUGUAUAAUUACGUAGCAAUAAAUCAGUUAAAUUGUUGUGUCAAA